AAACACCUGCUUGCAAUUCAACUUAGUUCAUACACAGUAGGAUCUAAAACCAACAUGGCCGCCCGCCUCGCCCAGGUCAACGCCCACCUCAACUACCCAGCCGGCCUCCUCGCAGGCAAAGUCGCCAUCAUCACUGGCUCAGGCCAGGGCAUCGGCGCCGAAGCAGCUCGGCUCUUCGCCAACGAAGGCGCAAAAGUCAUCGUCGCUGAUAUCGACGCUGGAAAAGCCACCGCCGUCGCCAGCGCCAUCAACGCCGCUGGCGCAGGACGCGCCCUCGCGGUCGUGGGCGAUAUCCUCGACGACGCAUAUAUCAAGGAUCUCGUCUCCAAGGCGGCGGAUUUCGGGAACGGGAAGAUCCAUAUCCUCGUGAACAAUGCGGGGUUUACCUGGGAUGGGGUCAUCCAUAAGAUGACCGACAAACAAUGGGACACGAUGCUGGCGGUGCACAACACGGCGCCGUUCAAGCUGAUUCGGGCCGCUGCGCCGUAUUUCCGGGUGAAGGAUGGGGAGGACCGGGUGAUUAUCAAUAUUAGUUCUACGAGUGGGAUUCACGGGAAUGCGGGGCAAGCCAACUACGCGCUCGCCAAAGCCGGGCUGGUGGGACUGACGAAGACAAUCACGAAGGAAUGGGGCCCUGCGUAUGGGGUGCGGGCCAACACGAUUGCGUUUGGGUUCGUCAAGACGCGGUUGACGGCUGCGAAGGAGGAAGGCGCGUUCAUCACCACGCCGGACGGGACCAAGGUUGCGCUGGGGAUCCCCGGGAAGCAGCUGGCUGGGCGCAAGGGGGACGAGAAGCAGGCGUAUCCGGAUAUUCCGCUGGGACGGCCGGCGAGUCCCGAGGAGGCGGCCAGGGCAAUUCUGGGGGUUUGCAGUCCUUACUUUUCGUAUGUGAGUGGGGAGACGAUCCGGGUGACGGGAGGUCGUAAUACGUGAUCAUGUUUGGUUGCAUUGCUUGUGAGAGUACAAUUAUACAUACAGUGUGA